AUGUCUAUUACCAAUACAGGUAGUGUUGACCUUGAAGCAGUUCUUAACGUUGGUCGUCGAGCGCUAGUAUCGAUUGGUGAAACAGCAGCUCCUUUUCAUCAAUCUCAGUAUGCAGAUACAAUUUAUUUAAAACGGGAAGAUAAUUCCAAUUCAAUAUUGUCAAUUCAUUCAAAAAUACUUAUUUUUGGUGAAUUACAACUUUUAUUUAAUAUAUUUGAACGUUAUACAUCAACUAUGACGUUUUAUGAAGAAAUAACUAAUCAAACAGAUUCAUCAUCUCCGUCAGCUUCAAGCAAACCAAGUUUUUCGACACCACUUGAAGAAGAUGAACUUGAUGAUGACGAAGGACCACCAGUUGUUUCAACUCUUCGUCAAAGCUCUAUAUCUUCAUCAAAAGGAUCAGCUAGUCCGACGCGUGAACCUGGUAGUCCAACGAGGAGAUCAGGAAGUCCGGGACAGAGAAAAGGACUGCCUUUUGUUGGUCGAAGUCAUACAGUUUCUUCAUCAGCAAGUGAAUAUUCAGGACAAAAUCUUGAAGGUAAACGUUAUGGAUGUAUUGAAUUACCAACUAUGACAACAAUUGAAAUUCUCGAAGUGCUUUUACGUUCUGGUAUGGAUUUAGUUGAUGUAUCAAGCGAUUAUGAUAAAGAUACUCUUCAUCAAAGUUUUGUUUUUUCAAAACCUCGUCCGGUACCACAAAAGCAUGGACAAUUUUCUUCAAGGUCAAUGUCACUUGAUUAUUAA